AUGACACCUUCUCCGGACACAUCUCCUAACUAUGAUGUUUUUAAAAAAGAAUUAAAUAUUGACAUAGAAUCCAUAAGUAUUGGAACCAAAUACGAGGAUUCAAAUAUUUUCAAUGAUAUUGCAGUGGCUACCCAUUACAGAAAUGUAUACGAACAAAGUAAAUACGAGUGCCGCCACUUAUUUGACCCAGAUUUCACAUGGUCAAAGGAAGAAGAAGCAAAAGUUGUGAGGAAAAAUGACUGGAAUGUAACAUUCCUCACAUUCAUUAUGUUUACUGCUCUAGAUUUCGAUAGAUAUAACAUAUCUCAAGCCUUAUCAGAUAAUAUGUUAGACAAUUUACACAUGUCUACCAAUGAUUAUAAUACUGCUAACACUAUCAACUUAGUCUGCUUUUUGGUAUCUGAAUUACCUUCCCAAUUAAUUUCAAAGAAGAUUGGUGGUGAUGUAUGGAUUCCCAUACAGAUUUGCCUUUGGAGCAUUGUAUCAAUGUGUCAGGCGGCUGUCACUACAAAAAAUGGCUUUUAUACCACAAGGGCGCUACUUGGCUUAUUACAAGGUGGUUUUAUUUGCGAUAUUUGUCUUUGGAUGAGUUAUUUCUUCACUUCUAAAGAAUUACCAUUCAGAUUGUCGCUUUUCUAUACUGCAAACCCCCUAGCUGCAGUUUGGUCCAGUUUAUUAUCCUUUGCUCUGUUGAAGAUUAAGACCGGUGGAAUCAUGGAUCAAUCAUGGAGGUGGUUAUUUCUCAUAGAGGGGAUAUUGACACUCUUUGUUGGUAUAUAUUCAUUUUUUGGAAUGCCACCUUCUCCUGCUCAAACAAAAUCAUGGUAUUGCAAAGACGGUUGGUAUACUGAAAGUGAGGAGAAGAUAGUAGUAAAUAGAGUUCUAAGAGACGAUCCUUCAAAAGGGGAUAUGCACAACCGUGAACCUGUAAGACCCAAAGAGUUGUUGGAAGUGCUACUAGAUUUCGAUUUACUACCGAUAUAUAUUAUCCGUCUGUUAAGUGAUAUUGGAGCGCAACCUGUCAGUACUUACAUGGCACUAACACUUCGAAAAUUAGGAUUCAAUACGUACCAAACAAAUGCAUUAAAUAUUCCAUAUAAUGUUUUGCAGGCGAUCACAAUGUGUUUAUUAGGUUACUUCUCGGAAGUGAUCAAUGAAAGGUCAUUGCUAUCUUUAAUUACUCCCAUUUGGGUAUUAGCUGGGUUGUUACCCUUAAGAUUUUGGCCAGGAGCUCAAAUUAAUGUUUGGGGCACAUAUGCAUUACUCACUAUAUUAUUAGGUCAUCCACCUUUAUGGGCCCUUUCCAUCAGUUGGUGCUCCGCUAAUUCUAAUUCUGUAAGGACUCGUGCAGUUUCUGCCGCGUUGGUUAAUAUAUUUUCUCAAGUUGCAAAUAUCACAAGUGCAAACUUAUAUCGUUCUUCAGAUAGUCCACUGUAUCAUAAAGGUAAUAAUUCAUUAAUUGGUAUCGCAUGUGGUGCGCUGGUGUCAUGUCUGUUAACUAAAUUAUAUUACAUUCAACGUAAUAAAGCAAGGGAGAAAAAGUGGGCUUCUUUUAGCGAACAAGAGAAACUAGAAUAUUGUACUAAAACUAGUGACGAAGGCAACAAGCGUUUAGAUUUUAGAUUUGUACACUAA